AUGGCUACUGCUUCAUCUUUUCAACGACAGACUGGAUAUGGUGCUAAUGCUCCUCAACCACCCGUGGUUGAUAUUGGAUGGGAACCUAGACGGAAACUGUUUAUUUCUCGAGUGUUUUAUAAUGGAGGAGAGCAUCCAGGGAAAAUGGGCCAGCAUCUAGGAGGCUGCAGCAUCGGAUACGCUGGCAAGGAAGUUACAUUGUCUAAUUGUGAAGUCCUCGUUGCUGACGAUCAGCAUCUUGAAUGGGUGGCAGUGCGCAAUGCCAACACCCAAUUCAGUGAUGCAUAUGCUCCAAUCAUUGGUGGUCGUGAGCCUGAUGGCAAGGAACUUUAUAUCGGCAGAUUCCGUCGUGAUGGACUCUGGGUUCCUGGAAAAGUUGGCGAUCAUCUUGGCGGUAUUUCGUAUUCGUUUGGUGGAUCCGAGUAUCAUGCCAAGGACUUUGAAAUUCUGUGCUACCACCAGUGGUAA